AAACUGUCCUACCAUUUCACUGCCAGUUCCAAUCCGAUCGUGAAAGUGAAAAAAUGUGCACCAUAUCAUCAAUCGUGUUUCUGGCAACCGUCUCGGUCCUGUUUCUGGUGCUGCUGCCAUCACCAGUGCAAGGUCAUGGCAUGCUUCUCGAUCCGAUAGCACGUGGCUCUCGGUGGCGUUGCAACUCGGGUGCACCGGCCAACUACGAUGACAAUGGCCUGUUCUGUGGUGGUUACUUUGUUCAGUGGAACCAAAACGGUGGCAAGUGUGGUUUCUGUGGAGAUAGCUACGAAAACCCGCGACCCCGGUUGCACGAACUUGGAGGUCCUUUCGGGCAGGGCGAAAUCGUACGGAACUACACCAAAGGGGCGGUGAUUCAGGCCAAGGCACAGAUCACCGCCAACCACAUGGGGCACUUCGAGUUCAAUUUGUGCAACCUGGACACUACUGGGGGCCAGGAGACGGAAGAAUGCUACGAACAGUACGAGCUGGUGGACGUCCAAGGACGACGGAAGUGGUACAUGAACUCGACGGCUGCCACACAGUACGUCGUGGAGCUGCGUUUGCCGGCGGAUUUGGUGUGCGAACAUUGCGUUCUGCAGUGGACUUACGUUGCCGGAAACAACUGGGGCUACUGCAGUGACGGCACCGGCCGGAUGGGUUGCGGACCGCAGGAAAACUUCCGCACCUGCUCGGACAUUGGUAUCUACGAAGCGAACGACUCCCGCUUGGCUGCAUCGUACAGUUACUGUACCUCCAGUCCGCGUUCGCUCAAUUGGAUCUUCGACGACAUCCCGGAAGAGGACAACCUUAUCGAGGCGGAUUGAUUGAACAAACAAGACCAACGCGGCGUCGACGACGACGACGUUCGUUCGUGUGGUCGCGGCUUAUUAGAAGAACAAAUUGUUUUCUAGUCACUACGCCGGUCAAAAUAGAUGUACAGUAUAAGUGCUUGAAUUAGUUAGUAGAACUGUUAUCGUUAAAUAAACGCCGAAGAUAAAAGCUCGAAAGGAAACUAUUGAA